AUGGUGUCCAAAUCAGAUAUCCAAACCACCAUAGCUGUGAUCGACAGUUUAAUGGAAACCAUGUCUCUAACAUACCAAGAUUCUUCUCCUGAACUUCUAGUACAAGACAGGAUUCUAGGAUUACAGAGGAUGAAACGGUUCUUGAGCGAGGAAUUUUCCAUCAGUUUGGAAAAAUUCACCCAGAUUCAGAAUUCCCUUGAGGUGUUACGAAACAAAGAAGAUACAAUGUUAGUGAAUAGGGUGAUUGAAAAUAUUCAUGGAAGUUUGAAUAUUUGA